AUGAAUGACUUGCCAGAAGCUAGUGAUAGCAAUGGAACGACUGAACUUGAAACUUUGGAAUAUCUUCGUGGUGUAAAAUCAUCAACAUGUCUGCUCUUGACUCCAAGUCCAACAACUUUGGAUUUUAAACAUCCACUCUCAGAAGAAAUGGGUGACAAUGCUUUUUUAGCAUUGAAUGAUGACACCAAGAGCAUCAACAUUGGAAACUCUGAGGCAAGCGCUGGUGAUUCUAGUUCAUCAGGAGAUUCUAACUCUGUUGCUCAAGACCCUGUCAGUGCACAGCUUAUUAACAAUAUAAGCAUGCUGGAUUAUCAGACUCUUAGCAAAAAUGGAGACAUCAUUUUAGGACAGCCGGAAAGUAAACUUAAUGGAAGUUUAAGUGUAAACAAUAGAAAACUACCCAAUUUUGUGAAAUGGAACUGGCCUCUAAUAAGAAACAUUAUUUUAUGGAUUGUACUCUCGGCUCUAAUUGCUUGCUUGGCAGCUAUUGUAACUAUGGUAGUAACUAUACCAAAAACUUGUAAUCCUAAUCUCCCCUGGCAUCAAGGUAAGGUAUUCUAUGAAGUUUUUCCUGCAAGUUUUAAGGAUUCAAAUAAUGAUGGUUUUGGUGAUAUAAAGGGUUUGAUAAAAAAAUUAGAUUAUAUUAAAGAGUUAGGAGGUUCUACUAUUCGCCUAAAUUAUAUAUUUGAAUCUCAUGACUAUCCUGUACACUUUUAUAAUACAACAAAUACCCUAAAAAUUGAUAGGAGUAUAGGUAUCUUGAAAGAUUUUCAAGACCUGGUAUUGGCAGUUCAUAAACUUAAUAUGCAUAUAAUACUUGAUGUACCAGUGUCUAGUCUAAUUGUAAUUGAACCUUUUCCAAUUUCAAAUCAAUCUGUCCUGGCACAUAAUGAGACUACUUCAGACCUCGAUAUUACUACCAAGAGUAUCCUUUUUUGGGCUUGUGAGCAAAAUGUCGAUGGAUUAUAUUUGAAAAACUUAGAAAUGUUUACUGCGGAUGACAAUUUUGGAAAAUCAUUGCAAAUUUGGAAAGAACUCAUUGGUAGUGACAAAAUUUUUAUGGCAAGUGAAGCUGCACUCUUGAAAGCCAAGGGAUCAAGCCUUACAGUAUUGCUUAACAGAAUAGAUUUGAUUGAUAUUCAUAUAGACUUGAACAAUGGUAUAAAGAGGUUAAAAGAUAGGAUUGAAUCGGUAACAUCUGGAAUCCUUUGGGAAAAACCUCACUAUCCAUGGGUUCAUUGGAAUAUAGGUAACAUCAACAGUCAAAGGAUUUCAUCAAAAACAACCAAUAAUACUCUUGCUUCAAUAGCUUUAGAGAUGGCCUUGCCUGGAGCGGUAGGAAUAUUCUACGGCGAUGAAAUAGGUUUGGGGAGUCUAGAAAGAUAUGGUAUAGAAAGUGAUUUCCAUGAACAUGAACACGUACAUAAUCUUGCUACUAUGUCUUUUCCUGAAAAUGACAAAACUGAAACCGGCGCAAUAUUACCGUGGAAUCAUGAAUCUAUCAAAAAACCAAUGUACGAAUAUUUAAACACUAUAAAACACUUAAUUAAAGUGAGAUUGGACACUCCAACAAUAUAUUUACGGGGGAUAUAUAAAGAGGGUAAUGUUUUGAAAAAUAUAGAUGUGCGUAAAACUGUGGACAAUCUUGUUGUCAUUGAGCGCUGGUUUCCGCGAAGAAAUACGUGUGUAUUUGUUGGUAAUUUUGGUAAUCAGGCGAUAACAACUGAUUUAUCAUCUAUGUUUUAUGGUGGUGUUGUUGUGGGUGCGACAAAUUCGUCUCUUGUCGGAACAAGUUUAUACUUUGAUAAGGUUACGUUUUCUCCGAAUUCGGCUCUUAUUAUAAAAUUAGAAAAAUAA